AAGGUGUGCACAAGUGGUGAAGUGGGGCUAUGUGGUCAGUGGCUCCUGCAUGCUCCACAAUUGAAAAAAUGAAAAUUGGGUGUGUGGGUAUGACUCUGAGAUGAAGCAACAGUCGUCACAGUGGAAGAGCCCAUCAUCUCUAUGCCCGAAAAAUGUGAGGCAGGUCUACAGUUCAACCCACAGGUGAUACCACCUAGUACAAUGGUAAUCACCACUGACCUCUGCGGCUCCACUAGUUGGGAUAUAGAAUUUCAGAUGGAAUGGAAUGUACUGUAGGCAGGGCUAUGUAGUAAGAAAACAUCUCAGGAUUGUUGGCAGUAAUAGUUUCACAGACAGCAACCUGCCUGGUUUAGCAAGUUUAGUUUUUCUCAGCAUCAAGACUGAUAGUUAUUUGGCCAAUAAAUGAAUGCAAGCUUGAGUGUAUAUUAAAAGAGCUUUAUGGUUGUUGGCUAUGUCUAUCAGCAUGAAACAAUACAUCCUAAACAAACAUUUCACCAACACUUUCUUUGUAUUUGCACAGGUUUUUGGGAGGUAGGUAAACAGCUCUACUCUGUUUUCUUAUAAAGGGUAAUGUCUCAUUACUUAUUUCCUUUCAGCCUUCCGUAUCAGUAGUUCAAAAAAAAAAAACAUCAACUCAGACUUCAACAGCAUAGUGUAUAUUAGCACAUCUACACAGUUUUAUGCUGUAAUCUUAUCAAGGGAAUAAACCUACAGAUGCGAUGUCACUGUGUACAGGAGUUUAACUUAAAUAGCAGAUUAAAAAAAAAAGUGUCAACUAUUAUGCAUACCUGUUCAAAACUAUGCAAAACUAUUUACAAUAAAUGCAUAAUAAUUGAGAAUUUGAUUUGUUGCAGUAUAUACAAUAUGGAAUUACAUUUAAUGUUUCAUUAUUUCAACAGAAAUCUCUUGUUCAUUUUGAUGUCAUUAUAUCGCUGAUAUUUUAACAUCUUUAAAGAGAUAAAGCAACAUAAAAACAAUGCAAUGAGGAUUUUGGAUUUCAGUGUGCACAUUAUAUUCAAUUCAAUUCAAUUGUAUUUAUAUAGCGCUUUUAACAAUGGUCAUUGUCUCAAAGCAGCUUCACAAAGAUGAAAGAAAUUCAUAAAAAAAAAAAAUAAUAAUAAUAAUAAUAAUAAUAAUAAUUUGUGUAUGUGUGAGAAAAAUGUGUCUAGAUAAUAACGAGAUAAAUGAAUGAAAUUUCUCUGAUGAGCAAGCCAAGGGUGACGUCGACAGUGGCAAGGAAAAACUCCCUGAGAUGGCAAUAGGAAGAAACCUUGAGAGGAACCAGACUCAACAGAGAGCCCAUCCUCAUUUGGGUUAUAACAGAUAGAGAUGAUAUAACACCAUGUGUGUUAUGCAGCUGAAAGUACAGUACAAUAUAACAGAAAUUCUUUAAAUUAACAUAAAGUCCAGUUCAACAUAGGGAUGAGUCAGUAGAUGCAGAGGGCAGAUGGGAUCUGGAUCACUGGGAGCACAGGACCAGGAUGUGUAGCUCCAACCAUAAUAAGGCAGAAUUCAGCUGGAGCUGGUCCUUCUCUGGAUUCCUCAGGAUCCUCACAAGGUUGGCCUUUGUCUACUGAAGCUGGUACAAUCUCCAGAUGCCUCAGGAUGGGUAGAAAAGUACAGAACAGAUGGAGAGAAUUAGCGUAGUUGCCAUUCAGGAUAGAUGUACUGGAGUAUGAGGUUAUGGGAUGAGUUACGCGUAUGCCAGAUUAAAGAGAUGCGUCUUGAGUCUACUUUUAAACUGGGAAACUGUGUCUGAGCCUCGAACACUGUCUGGAAGGCUAUUCCAAAGUAUUGGAGCUAAAUAUGAAAAGGCCCUACCCCGUUUUGUAGAUUUUGAAAUUCUGGGAAUUACAAGAAGUCCGGAGUUUUGUGAUCUUAAGGAGCGUGGCAGAUUAUAGCGUAUCAGAAGACUGGUUAGGUAUGUGGGAGCUAAACCAUUUAAAGCCUUGUAUGUAAGUAAUACUAUUUUGUAAUUAAUUCUAAACUGAACAGGGAGCCAGUGCAGGGAUGAUAAUAUAGGUGUUAUAUGAUCAUAUUUUCUGGAUCUAGUGAGAACCCUGGCGGCUGCAUUUUGGACUAACUGAAGCUUGUUUAUUGAGGAUGCAGGACAACCACCUAGUAAUGCAUUACAAUAGUCCAGUCUGGAGGUCAUGAAUGCAUGAACUAGCUUUUCUGCAUCAGAUACGGAUAAGAUGCUCCUAAGUUUGGCCAUAUUUUUAAGAUGGAAAAAGGCUGUUUUUGUGAUAUUGGAAAUAUGAUUUUCAAAGGACAAGUUACUGUCUAAUAUCACGCCCAGGUCUUUUACUGUCGAGCUGGUAGUAACAGUACAUCCUUCUAAACGCAGGCUGAAUUGUGAAAGCUGUUGUGUGCUGGUUUUUGGGCCGAUGAGUAAUAUCUCUGUCUUGUCUGAGUUUAGUAAGAGAAAGUUAUUGGUCAUCCAAUCUAUAUGUAUUUCAUGUGAAAAAGAAUGCUGUUCAUGUACUCUUCUUCACAUCCUUUAACUGGUGUGAUUGUUUUUUUUUAAAAAACUGUGUUUUUAACAGUAGUAUACACAGAUGUGCUGCAUUCUUAAAUGUAGUGAUUUUGAUGUAGUAAAUAACAGUUGAUUUAAUGUAAAUAACUCUUAAGAAAUGUCAACAGACACCAGUGUAACCAAUUAGUUGCUAGUUGCUGCAACUAGUUGCUUAAUGGCAUAAAAGAGCAUAAAAGUAAGUUCGUGAAAAAUACUGCUGAGUUUUAUGUGUGAUGCCCUAUUGUAAUAUAUUCUUUCUUUACAAAGAAAUAAAUAAUCACAAUAAGUAGAUAAAUACCCCACUUGUUUUCAGUUUGCAGUAGACACCAUGCAUUAAACAUUCACACUUUGUAAUUCACUUUCACAGCGUAUAUCCUGGAAUAGAGGCCAGCCAAGUACUCACUCAAUUGUAAGUCAGUAACUACAGUGUGCCAUGACAAUCUACUCUAAUUUUUAUUUAUCGAUUUCUCACACCUCUCAGAGAAUAAUGUAAAACUCUGUUUCACUGUAAAAAUUCCUGAAGCUGAAGCCUGUUCAUGUCAGUCAGCUUUUUAACUUCCAUUUACCAACCAAAAAAAUAAUACACUACCUAGAUUCUUACAAACCAAUUUUACUUGACAUAAUUACCUAAAAGGUAAUUUGGUACGACACAGUAAUAGCUCACACCUAUACUUUAUAUCCACAUUUGCUCACUCUAUUUAAAGGUUUUUGUAGGUAAACAGCUUGCACUUAAAACUUUUAUACAUUGAUAUUUAUUACAUUUAUUAGUCCACCCCACAGACAAGUUAUUAUGUCCUAUUACUCUCAGUGAUUAUGUUACUGUAGGUCAACAGCUAGAUUAUUGUUUUCAAUCAGAAAAAAAUAUCCUGUGCAGGGUCAAGGGGUACUAAGUCAUUGGGCACAACAAACACACCAUUAGGCAAACCCCACAGCACCAGCUGUGCUAACAAGGCCGACACUGUGUACAUAAUUUUACUUUUUAAAGUUAUUUUACGUAUCAAAAUAUCCUUCCUGGCCAAAAAAAGUAACAAACUAUAAUAUUUUGUUUUGCUUUGAUUUAGGCACACAUUUACUGUGGCAUCAUUUUGAUAACCUUAUGUAACAUUUAUUUUCCUCUAAGAUUUUGUAUUGAUGACAUCCCAAAGAUUGUCAGUGGGGUUAAGGUCUGUGGUUAAGGCCAACCCAUGUGUGAAAAUGAUGCGUUGUGCUCUCCGAACCAUUCUUUUACAAUUUUAGCUCCAUAAAUCCUGGCCUUUUCAUCUUGGAAUAUGGCCGUGCCAUCAGGGAAGAAAAAAUAAAGGAAAAUAAAGUUGCAGAACCCAGAUGUGACCAACUAGAGCAACCUCAGUUCAUAACUGCUAAUUUAACAGAUUUUGGAACAUUCCCAAUGCUGAGUGAGGAUUUAAUAAUUUUCAACAGGUGUUCUUUUAUUGCUGGUACUAUCUUUUUAAGAAAAUGUGUCGGUACAGGAUCUAAUAUACAGGUUGAUGAAUUUGCAGAAGAGAUAAGUAAAAUUAGUUCAUACUCCUCAAGGGGAGUAAAGUAUUCUAGGUUCUGAUCUGACAUGGCUAUUUUAUCUCCAACAAUUGCAUUGUCCUGUUUCAAAGCCUCAAUUUUAUGCCUAAUAUUUACAAUUUUAUUAUUAAAAAAGUUCAUAAAGUCCUCACUAUUGCAUGAUGUUGUUGUAGAGAUUUCUGCAGUUGUCUUAUUUCUAGUUAAUUUUGCUAUGGGAUUAAAUAAAAAUCUAGGAUUAUUUUUGUUAUUUUCUAUAUGAGUGGAGAGAUACGUUGAUCUACAGUAGCGACACUAAUACCCCUAUCUCACCUAUGCGGUUUGACUCACGGUGAGAAGCGGAGUUAGGCACCGUGAGUCGCCGCGAUUGCCCGCCGACGUUCCGCUGGCGUUCCGCGAAGUUGGUAAGGACCGCAAGCUUCCGCGAGGACCGUCACAAAAAUUAAACAUGUUUAAUUAAACAUCUUUAAUUUUUCUCGCGGAAAGAUAAAAAUGUACUCACAGCACCAAAACUCGUGGUGAAUCAUGAUGAAACGUACUUAUGGCCACUGCGCGAAACCGCGUAGAUGAGAUUGGGGUCUAAAAGCUUUUCCAUAAUUUAGGAUGCUCUCCUUCCAUGCUACGUUUACGUUCUAAUUUCCAGGCGGUCUGUUUUAAAGUGUGUGUGUGUUCGUUUUACCAGGGAGGGAGUUUCUUAUCUCUAAUAAUUAAUCUUUUAACUGGAGCUACAUUAUCUAAGGAUAUCUAUAUCGUUAUUUAAGAAACGAGCCUCUAAAUAUUCAGUCGCCUGAUCGAGUUCUGUGGGGUCAGAUGGUGAUCCAAUCAAAGUUGAUAACUCUGGGAGAUUACUGUUAAAGCUCUCUGUGAUAUUGACGUGAAUGUACGUUUAAUACGGUGGCGCGGUGCUGUGCGUACAUUAUCACUAUGACACACUUUAAUUGAGACAAGAUAGUGAUCUGAGAUAACUUCAAACAGUGAAAUUGUAAAUAAAUUUCUUAUACUUAAUUAAAAAAAAUAUUAUUAAAUCUAAAGUAUGACCUGCUUUAUGAGUGGGUCCUACUACACACUGAUUUACUCCUACCGAGUCCAGUAUGAACAUAAAUGCAGUUCUCCAGCAAUUAACUCUUGGUCUACAGAAACGACUAGGUUUGGGAGAAAAUCUGCAAUUUCACAAAGAAAUUCAGAGUACUGCCCUGGAGGUCUGUAAAUGACAAUUAGUGGGAUCGACUGAGCUGACUUAAUAUAUGUAUCUACACUUGUUAUGUUACUAUAGAGAACUUCAAAUAAAUUAAAUGUGUCCAUGCCUUUGUACAAUUGACAAUUUAUCAUUGUAAAUAACUGCGACGCCUCCUCCUCUACCAGUUAACCGAGGCUGGUGUAUGUAGCUGUAUCCAGGAGGACUAACUUCAUUUAAAGCUACAUAUUCGUCCUGUUUAAUCCAGGUUUCAGUUAAACAAAGUAUAUCAAAUUCCUGAUCCGUGAUAAUUUCAUUAACAAUAACUGCUUUAGAUGUGAGAGAUCUAAUAUUUAACAUUCCUAGCUUCAGAUCAGAGGUGCCGGCUGCGCAUUCAGUAUGAUCUGAGUUUGUGACUAAAACAGACUUUAUGAGUCUUUGUAAAUUUUUGCAGUCUCAAUACGAUGAACCCUGAGUGAUGCUUUUAUGCAGCUAGCAGACGUUUAAUUUAGCCUGUCUGUCUGCUCCCUAGCCUGGACUCUGGAUUGUCACCGAUUAACUAGGCCUCUUCUGAGAUUAUGAGCUAUACUGAUAUACUGAUAUACUGUAAAUUACCCAUACUAACCUCUGACUGACGAAGGUGUAUAUCAUAAGCUCCAACAUGUACCACUAUCUUAGAGAACCUAUUCUGUCCUAGAGCCCUAAGAUUAACUGCUAUGUCCGGUGCUCUGGCUCCCGGAAUACCUAACCACUGCCGCUGGCGCCCCUAGAGGCCUAGCUAAUUUCACAUGUCUCAGUAUAGAGUCUCCUAUACCCAGAGCUUAAAUAAACAAGGGGGAAAUAAGCUUAGGGUUAAAUAACUUAACCAUAUUUUAUAAUCACUGCAGUAAUUAUUUAAUGGAAGGCUCUUACCUAUUUGCUUAGUUAAAUCCAGGUGAUAAUGUUUUUUUUGACCAUGCAGUGCAUAUAAUAUAAUCAUUAAUUAAACUAAAAUAAUAAUAAUUUGUAAUAGUUUACUAAAUUAAAAUAAUAUAAGAAUUGACUAAUCUAAAAUAACAUAUUAACUACUAAACUAAAACUAAUUUUGAUGGUUAAUAGAACAUAACUUUGUGCCAGAUCGUAUUAAUAUAUUGAGUGCUGUUUACAAAAAAGUAAGUAGAGAGAGCAAAUUUGGAUUGACAUAAUUAAUAACUAUUUUUUCAAAUUAUUAUUAAGUGGAUUUUUUAAAUCUAUAUUUCCUGACUUUUUGAAGAUUUCCACAUUAUGCACUGACAUGUCUGCAGAUUCCACUGUUUCACCCCAUACAUAAACCUAUUGUUUUAGUUUUCCUUCUUUUCACUUCUACAGGGUUCAUCAAAAAAGGAAGAGCCAGGUUUGUUAAAUCAAAUGAGGUUUUAGGUAAAAUGCAAGCAGUGUUACAGUGUAUAGACAUUAUAUUAUUUUUUAUUAGUAAGGACAUUAGUGUUUUUUGUUAUUAUAAUUAUAGUAAUAGUAAUAUUGUUGUAGCACUGCUAUUAUACUUCUAAAAAGAGUACGAAUUAUAGUUCUUAUAAUAGUACUAAUAGUAGUAGCUUCUCGUAUGAGAGAAACAGUAGUACCCCGUGGAGUUCUAAACAGGUAGAGGCACGGUCAGCUAGACAUGCGGUUGCCAGGCCAUACGGAAGGGUCGUCCCAUGCGUAUCAUAAGCACUCUCACAACCUCCUAUUUAAUUGACGCGAAGCACUGCAUUAGGGCUCUUAUAAAUACUAUUUCAUCUCGUGGUGCGGCUCUCCAAUUCAAUUCUGACCAGACACAUCUGACACACUGCUGACUGUGUUACUAUUACAGGAUUGUCAGGAUAAAUCACAGGAACUCAGGAAUAUUAAACAGUAUCAGAAACAAUAACAUUCUGCACUGUAAUAUCAUACUUACAAAUACACCAUUGUGUUUCACAACCCUCCGUGAUAAAAUUACAAUAAGAGCUUUAUAGUUAUUAUAAUGAUAAUUUUUAUUUAUUUCAUUUAAUGACCAAAAACAUGUAUUCUUUUUUUUUCUUUAAAAUCUUUUAGGAAACAAACCAUUUAAAUGCUUUAUUCUACUAACUGGAAAAACACUGAAUUCUCAUAAUGACUUAAUGCAUCGUCUCAAAAAACAAGUACCAGAUCUGCAAGUGGUGCAAACAGAGACAGAGUGUGAUAUCAUUCUGGUGUUCUGCCCUGUCGUUAGAGGACCUGAACAUGAUAUUAAAGCAGCACUGGGGAAGCUUAAUAAUAUUUCAGGUACCAAGUCUGCGGUCCUGGUGGUGCUCCAUCACACGUUUGAUGCAGAGUUUGUUGUACCAGACAGUAGCAGAGCUGUGAGCAGAGGGAAUACACUCACGGUCGACUGUUUGUUCCAUGAAGAUCGGGGAUUACUGCAAUGUCAAACAAAUUACGAAUCAUUAACCAGAAUUGUAACGUACAUCAAGCCUCAGAUUCAAAGUAAAAACUACAUUAGGGAGAGAAUGGAAACUAGUCAAUCUUGUGUGCCAACUGGUUCCCAGUCAUUGGAGCAGGAGCCUGUGAAAAGGAAACGCCCACUGCAGACUGAAAAGCCAACACUGAAAUAUUUUAUUUUACUAACUGGACGCACAUUAAAUACUCAUGAGACCUUGAUGGGUCAGCUUGAAUAUGAAAUCCCACAACUGCAGCAGGUGUCUACAGUGGAUGAGUGUGAUUUCAUUCUGGCUUUCUGUCCUAUUGUGUCACGAGCUGGAACUGACAUUGAAGCAGGACUGAAGAAGCUUCAUCAGGAAUCAGCUGACAAACCUGCAGUUCUGGUGGUGCUCCAUCGCACAUUUGAUCCAGACUGUGUUGUACCAAACAGCAGCAGAGUUGUACACAGAGAGAAUACAAUCACAGUCGACUGUCUGUUCUAUGAAGAUCAGGGAUUACUGCACUGUCGAAAAAAUCAGGAGUCAUUUAACAGAAUUAUAAAUUACAUAAAACCUCAGAUUCAAUCUGUACAGUCCAAAGAGGAAAACGUGGAAACUCAGGAAACCCCUGUACAGGCUGUUGCAGCAAAGAAAUCAUGCAGGUAUUUUGUGAUAAUGAGGGGAACACCAGAUUCUUUCAUGGACAAACUUAAAAAAAUGUCAGAUCUGAUAGAGGUGACAUCAGAGGAUGGUUGUGACUUCAUUCUGACUUUCUGCCGUGGUGUGUCACAAGAUGUAACUGACUUUCAAAGAAAACUGAAAAAGCCUGAAAGUAGUUCAGGUAUUCAACACAGUUUUAUCGCAUAUAUCAUUAUUUCUUUCAUAUUCUAAGUAAUGGAUUGUAUGUAAUUAGUUAAUGUCUCAAUCGGUAUCUACAAACAUCAAACCUGACAAUUUUGUUACAGCGCAUGACCAUGAAUUAAAGCAGAGUGGUAAGAAUGAUAACAUUCCGGUCAGUGCAAACCAUAUACAAUCUAAGGUACUUCUUUGUUUAUUUGCUUGCUUGUUUAAGUAAAGUUGUUGAUCACUAGCGUAAUAAAGCAUGUUAUAAUAACACUCUGGGUUUACUCUUCAAUUUACAGUACAAUUUUAUGAAACCUAACAUUUUGGAAACUUAGCUCUUCCUCUAGUAUAUAAACUCCAGUGUGACAAGUGUAUGUAAUGCACAUGGCCAAAAAGAUGAUGUCGGAUCUUUCAGUCAUGCAAGAGAUCUGUACAUGAGAGAUCACUUUUAUGUCUUAUUUCUGUUAAAAAGUGUGUUUCCCUCUUUCAGCGUAAUGUACCUAUGGACACACAAGAAGAAGGUGGGGUUAAGUGUGUGUGUUUGUGUGUGUGUGUGUGUGUGUGGGUGUACAUAUAAGCAUGCACCUGACCAACUUUGUCUGUCUGUGUGAGUUGCCUAUGGCUAAGAUUAUUUGCAUGUGUGUUUGUGUCUGGCUGUAUUGAAUGUCUCUCUCUCUUUCUGAUCAUCUAUUUGUCUGUUUAUUUUGUCUGUGCGUCUGUCUGUCGCUGUAUGUCUGUAUGUGUGUGUUUUUGAGAAAGAGAGAGAAAGAGUGUGUGCGCUUGAUAGAAACUACUUCUGUAAUUAGUUCUGCUAAAUGCUGUAAACAUAAAUGUCUGUCUGUCAGACUAACUGCUUGUCGUUCUAUGUUUCUGUCCAUCCCUAUUACUUUACCUGCUAUGGUUUACAGAAGCAUCAUUUCUGUCUAUGGAUUUUGCUGUUCUAA